AUGCCUUCCCCCCUCGACGACGCAACAUUCUCCCACACCCUCCCCAACGUCCCCCGCCGCGAAUCUGACGCCAGCGAAGGCGGACGCCGCCGCUCCUCCGCCAGCAGCGGGGGUCGCUUCUCCUCACUAAACUACCAGAAGCGCCAGGGAUCCGGGGACCCCGCCGCCAUUGCCAGGAGGGAAUCAUACAACGACCAGCGUCGCGAGAGUGGCUGGUUCGGAGGGCUAUGGAAUAAUUGGAUGCGUGGCCCGAGCCAGACUGUUGCAGAGCGCCGCCAGUCGGAGAGUGCGCAGCCUGCUGCGGGGGAGGCGAAAGCGGCGGGCAUGACGGAGCAGGUGGGGGAGCAGGCAAGGAAGCAGUCUUGGGGGUCGAAGCAUAUUCAUGGGACUGGGGCUGGGGCGGCGGCGUGGCGUGCGCAGUAUCCGAGGAGUGGGAGUGGGAGUCAUUCUUGA